AUGAAUGCUAUAAAAUUUAUAUUAAAUAAUAAAGGUUUUUUUGUUGCCUUUGCAUAUGGCGUAACAUCAGUAUCAAUUACAUUUUUUAACAAGGCGGUAUUAAACUAUUAUAAUUUCAACUACUCAAAUUCCUUAACAUUGGGUCAGAUGAUAUUCUCAUUAUUCUUUUUGGUAAUAAUGAAGCAAUUUGGAUAUAUCUCAUAUCCAGAUUUAAAUAUUGAUUUAUGUAAAAAAUUAUUAUCUUUAUCUUUAUUAUUCAUCUUGAUGGUAGUUUCAGGUUUAGCAGCAUUAGCAAAAACAAACGUACCAUUAUUUAGUGCUCUAAGAAGACUAUCGACUUUGAUUGUCAUCGCUGGUGAAAGGGCGUUAUUAGGUAAGGUUACUCCGGCUAAUGAAACUCAAAGUGUAGUUAUUAUGGUACUUGGUGCAUUAAUUGCAGGUUGGGGUGAUGUUACAUUCGAUGUUGUUGGUUCAAUUUAUAUUUUGUUUAAUUGUUUUGUAACUGCUGGUUAUUUAAUUUUUAUUGCAAAGAAAACUAAGGAAACUCAAUUAAAUACUUUUGGCUUAAUGUUUUAUUGUAAUAUUUUAUCAAUGCCAGCAACUAUUCUUUUAACCUAUGUCACAGAGUGGGAAGGUAUUAGUUCAUAUGAAGGCUAUUCAGAUCUUGGUUUCCAAUUCUGCUUCUUAAUGUCAUCAGUUCAAGCAUUUUUAUUGAAUUACUUUAUAUUUUUAUGUUCAACUUUAAAUUCACCACUUACAACCAGUAUUACAGGUCAAAUCAAAUCAAUUCUUCAAACUAUUCUUGGUUUAUUUAUGUUUGGUGAUGUAAUUAUUACACCAUUAUUAUCAAUUGGUCUUAUUGCUAGUACAAUAGCUAGUUUUUGGUACACAUAUAUUAAAUAUGACCAAACUGUAAAUAAGAAACCAACUCAAGGUUAA